AGAGCGAGACUCCAUCUCAAAAAAACAAAAUUGAUGUGACGUGACAGCCACAUUGUUGAUCAUUUAUCUUCCUGCCUGUCUCCCAUCACAUAAACUCCCUUCUUGUUUUGUCUCCCCAGUGGAACUAGAUUUUCGUCUUCGUGGUUGCAGCACAGAAAAGUUCAGGAAUUUAGUAAAUUUGAUUGAAUUAAUAAAAAAAGAUCAGUGUUACUGAAAUAGCCCAUUCACUUUCUUCAUUUGUCUAGUAAUAAAGCUUUUUUUUUUUCCCCCACUCUGUUGCCCAGGCUGGAGUGCAGUGGCAUAAUCUCGGCUCACUGCAACCUCCGCCUUCCCAGUUCAGGCCAUUCUUCUGCCUCAGCCUCCUGAGUAGCUGGUAUUACAGGCACCUGCCAUCAUGCCCAGCUAAUUUUUAUAUUUUUGUGGAGAUGAGUUUCACCGUGUUGGCCAGGCUGGUCUUGAACUCCUGACCUCAGAUGAUCUGCCUGCCUCAGCCUCCCAAAGUACUGGGAUUACAGGCGUGAGCCACCACGCCUAGCCAUAAUAAAGCUUUUGAUCACUAAAGUAAACCAAAUAUGCUGAGGCUGCAUGCUGCCUGGGCACUGACGCUGGGCCUCAGCAUGGGGCCAAGUGGUAAACAGGUCACACAAGGCCUCUGCCUGCCAUCGGGGAUGACAGGUAGGAAGUAGGAGCAGGAAUAGUCCAGCCAGGGCACCUCAGUUUGUAAUCAGUGCCACUGAUGUGACAAAGUGGAAUAUGGGAGGGAAAGAGGUUGGGAGACUCCCUCCAAGAUAGUGGUGGAGCUGGAGCUGAGACUGGUUGCGGGAGGGAAAGAGGUCAGGAGAUGAGCCGAGACUGGCGGUGCUGAGCAGUGGAGGAAGGAAGCGCCAGGGGCAGGGCCGGCUGCUGUCGCUUUUCACUGCAGGCGCAGAGUGCAGGCUUGUGGGGCUGGCACACGGGUGAGGGCAGCGUGGUUGGAGGUUCGGGGCACUGCAAGACGUUUAGAUUCAUUCCAGGGCAACUGGAAGCCACUGGGGGAGUGGCAUGGUCUGAUUAUUUGUCCCCAUCACUCUGGUGGUGUCACAUGGGAUAGACUGUGGGUGCCAGGAGAUGAGCGUGUGUUUUGGGGGUGGACUGGACAGGACCGACAGACAGGGUGUGGGAGGUAAGGGGACAGGAAGAAUUAAGACUCCAGUGCUUGGCUUGAACAGAUGGGUGGAUUGUGGCACCAUUACACACAAGGGAACAUGAAGGUAGGACAGUACUGGGGGCAAAGUCGAGAUUUCACUUAAGAACUUGAUAAAUUGAAGAAGAGCUAGAAGAAGCAAAUUAGACGUUAAUUACAGGCCUCACCUCCCUGCCCCUCCCAUUUCCAUCUCACUUUGUUUUAAAUGUCCCCUUGCAUAGGAUCGGUCAUUUCAGGGCUGUUUUGAGACGUACCUUUUUGGGGCAGACACGUCGCUCCUGCUGGGGUGGGGAGAGGGGGGCAUGUCCUGGCAUCUGCCCGAGAGUCUGCUGCACAGCCAGUGCUUCACAAAAGUUGACUGAAUGAGUGAAUGAAUGUGGCUUAGAAUCCACCAUCCCUGAUGGGAGCGAUUAAUUCAUUCCAGGACUUGGCUGUAGAGUCUUCCUUGUUUUUGUGAUUGCUGUUUCUACGUAUUAAAAAUUGAAACUUGGCCGGGUGCAGUGGCUCACACCUGUAAUCCCAGCACUUUAGGAGGCUGAGGCGGGCAGAUCACGAGGUUAAGAGAUCGAGAUUGAACAUGUGAGGUGGAGGUUUCACCAUUCUGGCCAACAUGGUGAAACCCUAUCUUUACUAAAAAUACAAAAAUUAGCUGGGCGUGGUAGCAAGCGCCUGUAGUCCCAGCUACUUGGGAGGCUGAGGCAGAAGAAUUGCUUGAACUCGGCAGGCAGAGGUUACAGUGAGCCGAGACCACGCCACUGCACUCCAGCCUGGCGACAAAGUGAGACUCCGUCUCCAAAAAAAAAAAAAAAAAUUUUAGGCAAUUCAUGGCAGAUUACCUUUUUCUUUUCUAAGCUUUUGGCCUCCAGUGGAUUCUGCUGCACAGGUCUGAGAAGCAAGUGUUAAAUGGAAAUAUUAAUAAGCUCUUACUGGCAAGGACCCAAGUUGUUGAGUUAGUCUGGUGCAUAGGCCUUUAGAGCAGACAGGCCUGGGUUCAGCUCUGAGACUUCUGUUUACUCGUGUUCUGUUGCAUGGUUGUGCGUAUUCUGUCUGAUAAAUAACAUACUUCUAUGAUGUGUAGAACACUUUCUUAUUCAGGUCUUAACCUACUUUUCCCGUGAGCCCUGUGGGUGAUAGGGCAAACGUUUUAUAGGAAGAGAAAGGUGGGCAAGCGGAGUCUGGGGUCAGCCUCCUCGCACAUCCAGGUGGUCUCGCCCUGCUCCUGGCUGACAAGUCCAGGCCUUCCACAGAGCAGAGCAGAACCCUGGCUGAUUUGAGAUAAUUUGCGCAUUACAAAGAGCUGACCAUUUACCUGAGCCAGUGUGCUGUACUCACUCUGAGACAGAGCUCAUGGUCAGCCCAGGGACCCCUGGGGGGAGUGUUCUCUGUGGCAACUGUGUCUGCCACGAAAUGUGGCAUUUGUACCCGCAUCAGCUCUUCCCUACAACCACUGUGCCUGGGGCAGGGCUCCUGGGACAAUCGGCUCUUCCCUACAACCACUGUCCCUGGGGAAGGGCUCCUGGGACAGGUGCCAUUUCAUCUAUGAUGUCAGGGUGUCAGGGGGUCCUCAGUUCCAAGUGAUGGAUCCCUGGCCAGGGCUUCUCCUAUGAUUCCUGAUUCAUUCCUGGUCCUCAGAAUUCCAGAGAUGUUGUGUCAGUUUUCAGGUACGUCCAGGGAUUCUUCCCAGCCCUGUUUAGUCUGAGAUCUUAUAGACCCACAGAAUAGACCCAGACCAUCUUCCCCUUUCCCGUUUGUGUCCUUGUGUUGGUGGGGUGUGGGGCCCGUCCACCUCAGCGCGAGUCCCUCUGAGGCGGGGCCUGUGGGCCUCCAGCUUGCCUGGGCACCCACAUCCAGGUCAGAUCUGAGAGGUCGGGCAUGAAAGCGAAGGACCAAGAUAGAGUCUCUAGAAGAACCACACCUCUUUUGGAAUAUAUUAAAAAUAGAAAAUUAGAAAAGCAGAGAAUUCGAGAAGAGAAGCGAGAAGAACGGAGGAGGAGAGAGUUAGAAAAGAAACGUUUGCGGGAAGAGGAAAAAAGAAGAAGAAGAGAAGAAGAAAGAUGCAAAAAAAAAGAGACAGAUAAACAGAAGAAAAUUGCAGAGAAAGAAGUACGGAUCAAGCUUCUUAAGAAACCAGAAAAGGGAGAGGAACCAACCACAGAGAAACCAAAAGAAAGAGGAGAGGAGAUUGAUACUGGAGGUGGCAAGCAGGAAUCCUGUGCCCCCGGUGCAGUCAUAAAAGCCAGGCCUGUGGAAGGCUCGCUGGAGGAGCCCCAGGAGACGUCACACAGCGGCAGUGAUAAAGAGCACAGGGAUGUGGAGAGAUCUCAAGAACAAGAAUCUAAAGCACAAAGACACCAUGUGGAUGACGGCAGGAGGCACAGAGCUCACCACGAGCCUGACUGGCUUUCCAGAAGGAGUGAGGAUGAGCAGAGAUGGGGGAAAGGACCUGGCCAAGACAGAGGGAAGAAGGGGAGCCAGGACAGCGGGGCUCCGGGGGAGGCCAUGGAGAGACUGGGAAGAGCGCAGAGGUGUGACGACAGUCCGGCACCCAGAAAAGAGCGACUGGCAAACAAGGACCGGCCAGCCUUGCAGCUGUAUGAUCCAGGAGCUCGCUUCCGAGCGCGAGAGUGUGGCGGAAGCAGGAGGAUCUGCAAGGCAGAAGGUUCGGGGACUGGCCCUGAGAAGAGGGAAGAGGCAGAGUGAGUCACUGCAUGCACCUGGCCUCCAUGGACGAGCGAGGGCAUCCCAGAAAUGUGUAAAUGACCCCCGAGUGUGACUGGGAAGGAGAACUUAACUCCUUACCAGGAAACUGGAAGCUAAAAAUACAGAGGGUGACAGAGAAACACGCAGAAACCAUUCUAAAGAAAGUAGUGAUCUUGUAUUAAAUUGAGCAGAAUUCUCACAGAUUUUACCAUUCCUGUUAUAAACUAGUAUUUGUUGUUUAGCCAAAACAGAAAAUGACUUCCACUGGACAGUAGAAAAGUAUGUGUAAAAUAGGGAAGAAAGUUAGUAUUGGAUCAGUGUGAGUCCUGAAGCACUUUCAGUGCUGUGAGAAUGACAUCCACUUUGGGUUUCAUUCGUUUGUAAGCAGAGGAGCUGUCAGUCACUCGUGCUUCUCGGUGGCCUCUGAGCCAUGGCAUCGAGUAAAGGGCAGUUCUUGUUUGUUACAACCUUUGUGAGUCAGCUAUGCCUGCAAAGUGUGCUGUGUUUUAGUCCUGGUAGGAAUAUUUAUCAGAGUUCACACUGUAUAAAACCCAACAGCUUCAACUACUGCCCUUUCAACAUUUUUGCCACUGACCGGAUAAAAACGGUUUCAGUCUUUGGAUGGAUGUGUUUGUGGUUUGUAACAGUUACGGUUUAAACCAUGGUUUAAGAAUUGGCCCAAAUAACAGAAGUUUUGUCCGGGAAGGGAUAAACUAGGUACCAUAUAGAGCCUGUCUUUGAAUUUUAGAUACUUUGUUUGUAAAUAACUUGAAAUCGCUUUCUGAAACCUGCAUUCUGUAGUUUCUUCCUUUCAGUGAAAUUGUUAAAUGUUAAUGUAUUUUUGGCACUGCGAUUUUAACCAUUUAUUAAAUAAAAAUUUUGUUAAAGAA